AUGUAUUCCCUGUAUUUCACUGCGGCUCUUGCAAUCCUGCCAACGAUUAUUCUAGCAGCACCACAUAACAUCUCAUGUCCUGCGACACCUUCACCACUUCCUAAGGAAGCCAGCUUCGAUGUAGUGUCCACGCUGCCAGAUCCAUUCCUGUACCUCGAUGGCAAGACUCGUGUCAAGACCAAGGAAGAAUGGUUUGCCUGUCGUCAACCGGAGAUCAUGCAUUUCCUGGAAGAGUAUCAGUAUGGAUACUAUCCAGAUCAUUCGCUGGAGACUGUGACCGCCACAAGAUCAGGAAAGACUGUGAAUGUUGUGGUUGCAGUCGGGUCCACGAAGGCAACAAUCGCUGCCACGGUCAAUCUUCCAACUGGAGCAUCUGCGUCUAGUCCUGUUCCAGUAGUUAUCUCGAUUGGCGGAAUGGACAAUGCUGCGUAUCUUGCAAAAGGAAUUGCUGUUGUCACUUUUGAUUAUUCAGCCGUUGCAUCUGACAGCAACAGCAAGACCGGAUCUUUCUGGACAGUCUAUAAGGGCAGAGAUGUUGGAACCCUCCUCGCAUGGGCGUGGGGCUUCCAUCGAGUUCUUGAUGGUUUGAUAAUCGCAGCACCGGAAAUCGAUUCUAAGAGAGUUGGAGUGACAGGCUGUUCGCGUCUUGGGAAAGCUGCCCUUGCAGCAGGACUAUUUGAUCAACGAAUAACCGUCACCAUGCCGAUGAGCAGUGGAGUACAAGGACUUGGACCCUAUCGAUAUCACGCAUUGAGCGGACAAGAUGAGACGCUAGAGAACUCCAAGUCAGGUGCCCCAUGGUGGAGUGAUAGCACUCUUGGGACUUUCGUGAAUAAUUCUGAACGGCUGCCCUAUGAUGCCCAUACCAUUGCUGCAGCUAUUGCACCGAGGGCCUUGAUCAUAGACCAGGGUCGAUCUGAUCCGUAUACCAACAGCAAGGGUACAGCUAUUGUGGUAUAUCCAGCGGUGAAGUUGGUGUACGACUUCGUUGGACUAAAUGGUACAACCUUGGGAGCAGGACAGCCGAAGAGCCAGAUCGGGAUGGCUCUGAGAGACGGAGGACAUUGUGAUAAUUCUGGAUACUCAAAUGUCCUGCCCUUCGUCCAAGAAGUGUUUUUCGGUACUGCAACCACCAGAAACUAUGAUGAUCUUACCCCUUGGACGGCAAUGACAACUGCAUAUCCAUGGUCGACGAGCAUUCCAUCAUAGAAGAGGAACAGAAUUAUAUAUCGAAAUC